AACGAACAAAAAUCAUAUUUAAUACUCAAAAUAAAAGCGUGUAUAAAAUUUCAUUCGAGUUGAUGAUUUAUAUUUAAUUUUUAUUAUUGAGUGGAAAAUUAUGACUAAACGUCAGAUUUGUGUAAAUAUCCCUUGCACCUUCUCAGUAAUCAAAACAAUGACGUCAGCUAUAAUCAAACGGUCGUAUACAUGUCGUCGGUUCAUUACAUUAUAUGUUAUACGUGCGAUCACAUUGCCUAUCCUAUGUUGUCUAUAUUCAUAUGGACAAACGUGGAAAACGGCAAUCAGACUAUUGUUAGUAGCAGUCGCGCGACUGGACUACGCAAUCGUUUUACAUGCUCACAUCGAGUCUUUCCAGUACUUUCUGGUCGGUGUUUGCAGAAUCCGCUGACAUUUUCAUAUAUUUUUUUUCGCUUUACUGAUUUUGGUAUUUUUAUUUUAUUGUUAUAUAUGUUUGGUCUUUUGUUUUUUGCACGAGAAAACCGAUACUAAAAUAAUAUGAUACGUCUAAAUAAAACAUCAAAAAGUGUGUCGCCGGUAGCUUUUGGAAUUGCGGUGGUUGUUUUCUGUGCAUUGCCAAACGGCGACGUUUGCUCGGCGAAAGUUGCGUUGUUCAAGUGUUGUAACGAGACGGCAGACAUUUAUCUAGACAAUGUGUGUACGCAUAUCAAUGAUACGCUACCGCUGCGUGUACCGAUGAACAACAACGGUGAGGCCAAGCAGACUUACCACAAAGAUGGGACAUUUGCCGUGACUCUUGGGGCUCCGUGCCCGUACGGUCGCUACCAGCUCGAACCAUAUUACGCGCAAGACGCUUUCCACAUUGAUGCCGAUACCGGCGAGUUGGUGACUGCGGGCGCGGGUAGCUUUAAACCGGACGAGUACUGCAUUGAAGUUAACGGCUUUAUCGAGGACGACAUCGGCGUUUACCCAUGUUUGCCGGACAACGUGUCUCAAUCUCAGAGUGCCGAUACCGAACGAUUAAAAAUGACACUGUACUCGGCCGUCAUGAUCCUAUCAGUACCAUUUCUGAUGGCCACAUUUUUAGUAUACGCUUGCUUUUGGCAGCUUCGCAACUUGCAUGGCAAAUCGCUCAUGUGCCAUGUGUUAAGCUUGACUAUUGCUUAUCUUUCUUUGACUUACAAUCAAAUCAACAACCCUUCAUCCGAUAUCUUAUGCGUCUCAUCAGCAUAUGUAAUUCAAUUUUCCUUUAUGGCUUCAUUUUUCUGGCUUAAUAUCAUGUGUUUCGAUUUAUGGUGGACUUUCAGUGGAUGUAGACCCAUGAAAGGACAUAUAAGAUAUCGAGAAACUAAAAAAUUUAUUAUAUAUUCUAUUUAUGCAUGGGGUUGUCCUAGUUUAAUAUCAAUAAUUACAUUAUUUAUGGAACUAUCAUUAGACGUACCUAAAUACGCUAUCCGACCAGGAUUUGGCAUCCAACGUUGUUGGUUUAAUACCAAAUCUGCAACUUUACUAUAUUUUUAUGGACCUAUCGGCUUAUUACUAUUCUGCAAUUUAUUGAUGUUCAUAUAUACUGCAGUUAUGAUUUUAAAACAUAUGAGAGAAGCCAAAGUUCUCGAGGGGCCAGAAAGUAAAAAAAGUGUGGAUCUUGAAAAACAAAGUCGUGUGAUUUGUUAUAGAUUUAUGCUGUAUUUUAAAUUAUUCCUCGUGAUGGGUUUAAAUUGGCUUGCAGAGAUACUAUCAUGGGCUACUGAUAACGAAAGUUCUUUAUGGUAUCUGACUGAUAUUGGAAAUGCUUUGCAAGGAGUAAUGAUAUUUUUAAUAUUUGUAUGUAAGAGAAGAGUACUUCGAUUAGUCAAUAAAAAACUUUGUCCAGGAGUAAACCUAGUUAGAUCAACGACAAUGACAUCAACUAAGACGACUAAUAGUUUACUAUCAAGAUCAAGUACAAUAAAUAAGGAUUUGAUUGAAAUGAAUAAAAAACACAGUGUAACAAGUGAUUGUCUGGAAGAUUUCAAAGUUUAAUGAAUUUGCUCUGUGUCGUUACAAAAAUGGUACAUGUAAUAGUGUGCAAUUGGUAUUAAUUAAGUUUAUGUAUAAAAAUAUAACGAUUGUAGGAUACACAUUAAAAGUACAAGCAAAUAAUGAAAACAUAAUUUCAAUAUCCGAGUUAUAAUACGGACUAAAAUAUUACUACUCUUACAAUCUCUAAUAGAGAAAUGACAACAAUACAAUAUUCAUUAAGUUUAAAUAACUAUUAUAAUUCAUUUAAAAAAAUAUUAACAUUCAUUCGACUAUUUUAUACCUUAUUUAAUUGAAUAUUAUUGUUUUUAUUUAUAAUUAAUUUGUAAUGUUUUUUUUUUCAAUUUAAGAUUUAUUCUUAAAUUAUUUGUUAUUAAUAAAAUAAUUUAUUCUUUUA